AUGUACGCACAAGCAGUAAACCAAUUAUUCAGAAGAUCUGCAUCACUACAAAGAUCAGCUCAAUUAUACCAAAGAUUAGAUGCAUCUCAAGCAAUUAAAUCAACAACAUCUGCAGCCGAUUUUGGAACUAUUCUAAAAGGUUCAAAUGCCACAAAACUAAGACAAAGAUUAGAUUUAGAUCCACGUAGCAAGAUUACAUUUGAUGAUUUUAAGAAUUUGGCUAUUGAAUCUGGUUUCAAGGAUAAUGAAGUAACACCACUCUCUAAUGCAUUGACUCAAUCUGGUAACAUCAUUCAUCUUCCAAACAGUGCCGUACCAAAUAUUUCAAAUUCCGUCUUUAUUAAACCAAAUCAUGUUUAUCAAUCUUUAUACUAUGUAUUGGAUAUUGAAAACAAAGGAGUUGGAUUAGAAAAAUUGAUUCAAAUGAAAAAGGAAGAGAUUAACAAGGUAAAGGCCAACCUAGCCAAAUAUGAACCAAUCAAACAAGAUAUUGAUAGAAGAUCGACAAACAGUGCUCAUCGUAUCAUUUGGGCUGGUUUGGGUUACUUGGUACUCCAAGCUGGUGUCAUUGGUCGUUUGACAUGGUGGGAUCUUUCAUGGGACAUUAUGGAACCAGUCACCUAUUUUGUCAGUUUUGGAACCGUCUUGAUUGGUUACACCUAUUUCACUCUCACCAAGACUGAAUACACUUUUGAAGCUUUGACCGAUACACUAUUCAAGAGAAAGCAAGCUAAAUUAUUCAACAAAUUAAAGUUCCCAGUUGGUGAAUAUAACAAGUUACUUGAAUUAUUGGAUACAAAGGAAGAAGAAUUAAAGAAAUUAGAAUAUGCUGCAUCUUAUCAUUUAUCUGAACACGGUGAAUUUGUUGAACAAGUUCCAAAGAAUUAA